AUGUCUCAGCAGAAUAUCCAAACAUUCGAACAAAUACCUGUUCAACACUUUGUCCAAGUUAAUCCUCAGCCAGCUAAUUCACAUCUUAUCCGAGCUAAUCUUCUUAAUGAAGUUGAGGUACUAAGAUCUGAACUUGAAACCCUCCAAAAAGAAAAUCAAGUACUAAAGAAAGAAAAUCAAAUACUUAAAGAAGA